GUUUUCAAACUGAUACACUCGUAGAACAAUUUCAAUAUUUUCAAACCGAAAUAAAAGCAAAUAAAUUAAUUGUGAGAGAGACGGGUAAAUAGUGAUAAAUAAAAUGUAUUCAGAUUCAUCGGAAAACAGUCUUAACAGUUUGAAAUUGUGUGAGUGCGAUAAUAACAAUUUGUGUUCGGUUAAAAUUAUGAAUAAUAUUUUAAAUGAAGUCAAGCAGUUUAACGGGAUAACAAAUUUCAACAACAAUGUCAGUAAAAAGGCACUAAAAACAGUAGAGGUACGAAGAGAAGAAGUUCUUGCUAUUAAAAAUCGAUUUCCAACUAAAAUACCUAUAAUAGUACAGCGUUAUCAUAAAGAAACUCAAUUACCUCCAUUGGAUAAAGCAAAAUUUUUAGUGCCGCAAGAUAUUACAAUGUCCCAGUUUCAAAUAAUAAUUAGGAAUAGGAUACGUCUCAAUCCUCAGCAAGCGUUAUACAUUUUAGUAAAUAACAAAUCUAUGACGAGUUUAACUCUAACUAUAUCCCAAGUAUAUGCUGAACAUGCUAAUGCUAAUGGGUUUUUGUACAUCACUUAUGCUUCUCAAGAAGUUUUCGGCAACUGUACUACCAAAAGUAAUAAUAACUCGGAAUGAUCUAUAGGAAUUUUUGGAUUGAACUUUUUUCCUUUAAAUCUAAACCUCAAAUUUUUGAUUUACUCAAUUUUAUAGUGUACCUAAAUUUACAAGAUUUUUUAUCUUUAAAAAAAUUCUGUUUGACCCAAACAGAAUUAUCUAAUUUCCAAAAUUCAUUGACAAUAAUUUGUAUAUUGAGUAAGAUUUACAAAUAUUUAUUUAUAAAACAUAAAUCUUAAUUUUUCGUGAGGUUAAUGUAAUAUAAACGAAAUACUUGAUAUUAUUCACCUUUUCGUAUUCGAAAAUUGUAAUAAUCUCUCAUUAUUCUAGAUAAUAUUCAUAAAACAUUGUUGAUAUAUUAAUUUAAUUGGUUAUUAAACAGAUCAAUGUUAUCAAUUUAUUUCUAAAGACUAAUUAAGUGACAAACAAAUUUUAGAAAAAUAAAAUAUAUCGGAAAGUAAUAAGUCUCUUUUUUUAUCUUCUUAAAUUCAAACGAUUUAUUAGCAAUUUUUACAGAACUCAAAUCUUUAUAUAGCAAAUAUAUGUUUUUAAAUCGAUAAAAAAAUUUCUUGGAACAAAUUGAACUAUAGAAAAUUCAUAAAAAGCUUAUAAUAUGUUGCAGUUCUUAUUCUAUUAAAGUAUUCUAUAUAAAAAAAAAAUCAAGGUACAUUAUUAAAGUGAAAAAAAUGCAAAUUCAAAAAUUCCAAUAAAAGAUCUUAGGUAGGGUUUUCUAAUUUUUUAAAUUUUUCUAGCAUAUAUUAAUGUUAGUUUUAAAGACUGUUUCUUUUAUAUAAGUAAUGUGAGAUUUUAUAUACUUGUUUUUAAUGUACUAUAUCUUUUAAUUAUUACAACUACAAAAACUAAAAUUGUUCAAACAAAAUAAUUUUACUGUAAAUAUUUAUAUCACUUGAAUUGUUUCCAUUUUAAAUAAAAAUGAAUAAGCAUA